AUGGAGUGGGGUCGGCUCAUUGCAGCAGCCAACGCUGGGGACGGGAUGGCCGUUGACCAUCUGAUCGAUGCGCGCUUAAAGGGAGAGCUCCCAAAAAACGAGGAGCAGGCCUUUGAAGAGAGUUGCUUCCUGUACUGGUUCCGAGAUGGGCCGUACUCUCAAGAGGCCCGGAAGAACGCAACCUCUCACGACCCCGAGGAGAGCAGCCUGAGCCGUGACAAGAAUGCCAACCGUAUGGACUUUCGGUUUGUAGAGGCCUCUCACAUGUCACGGCUCCUCGGACUUGGUUUGGAAGGGUCCUGGGAUGUCUCGGUCACCUUUCACCCCCACAGCCCCAUCAAGGUUCGUGUCCACAUGGUUGAGGAGCCUGAAGCCCCUAAAGUUGACGCCUACACCCAGUCGCGUGCUUGGCAGAGGUCUGGAUACAAGCUCGUCCGAGAGUGGAAGCGGGCUAGGGUUGCAAGCGUGAGGCAGAACCCGUCGAUGCAAGCCUUUCAGAGACGUGGGCAGCUCGCGAGGGGCGUGAGCUACAUCAUCCAGUGCUUCAGUUCGACCUCAAAAGGAUCAUCAAGGGGUGCCGUGGCUGACCUGACACUCAAAGCUUCACUCGGGGAAGCAGACGGAGAGGAUCCCGGAUGCAGUACAAAAGUCUUGCGCGUGCUCCUCUCUGCCACAUGUACAGCAACAACUGAGGCGGGUGGGCAGCUCGACACGAUGUGGCUUCUCCAAGACAAGGGGAUGCACACCUUUCGGGCAUCGGUCAAGCACGAGCUCGAGGUGGCACGUGACAGCCGCAAGAGCAAGCUGCUAGGGCGGGUCUCUCGGCUGUUCCGGGACCCCGUGUUGCCGGUCCUGUCCAUCUCCAAUUCUCUAUCUGUUUAUGUGACAUGCGAUCUCUCGUUUUCGGACUUCCUCAACAAGCUUGGCAUGAUGCGGCGCGUGAGGGACCAGGCACUGAAGCCCAACCAAGGGAUCCAGCGCCUGACAAGUGUGGGGGCCUCUGCACGUUUCUAG